AUGAAAAAAAAUAAAUUAGAUACUCUCAAGACUAUCAAAGACUUCAUUACUCAAUUAUAAUAAUUGGCAACAACACUAUCUGAUAUGAUAAAUGAAUUAUCGAUAAGCGAUGAAUUAAUCUAAAACCAGAGCUACUAGGAUCUAACAAGGGACAUAAAAAAUAUAAUUAAAAUAGAAAAAUCAGAUAAAUUAAUAUUAGACAAAAUACCUAAUAUUGUCACUUUAGUUUCUGCACUUAAACAAGAUAUAAAAUCGAUAUAAAGUUCAUAAGGCCCAUCUUAGGUAAUUGAAGAACCUCUAUCAGGAUAUAUUAUUAAUUCUACUUAAGAAUAAACGAGUUAGAGCAAUAACAACAAUUCUCAAGUGAUUAUUACUUAAGUGUAAUCGAACUUUAUAUUCUCAAAGAAAAAUAAACAUGAAGAUAUUUAGCUUAGCUUUCAAAACAAAGAGGCAAGAAGUUCAUCCAUUUUAUUAUAAACAAGGUAUAUUUUAAGUGAGGAGGUGAUAACUGAAAAUUCUAUUGCUAGAAUUAAAGUUUAGUGUGGCGAAGCUGUGUCGAUUGGUAUUUGUCAUUAGAAUAUUGUAUUUUAAAAUGAUAAAGCCUUUGAAGGUACAUUUAUUGGGUAUAUAUAUUUUUCCUCAUAUCAAGUGCUUACAUCUUAAAUAAUGAAGGGAUUGUAACAACGUGUUUAAAAGACACAAAAAAUUCAUAGUCCAAGUUUAUUGAAAUAAGUUUUGGCGAUAUCAUGGUAGUAGAGGUUAAUCUUAGAGCAAGGAAAAUAACCUGGAACAAUCAAACAGCAAAAAGAACUUUUGUAUUCAUUAAAUUUACUCUUAGAGUUUAGAAUUACUUGA